AUGUAUAAUGCACACAAUUCCUUUCCGAAUCAUAAUCAGCGUUACAGUGACAGACGUAGUGCACAAAACCUGAUGAAUCCUUACCAAAAUUUCCGGAUGUUGUUCAAACGUUACAUUCCUUCUCAAAGAAUGGUCCUUUCUGCAUAUUUACUAAAACAAGGUACACCUAAUCUAGAUGCCUCUACUUCUGACUCUGAAUUUCGGAAACUUUUGCGUAAGCUUACAAAGAAACCAAUUCAUUCAGUUCUUUUGAAGCUCAGAAAUAUUUCAAAGAAAUUUCGUUGGCAUCGACAUAACUGCAUUUCAUGCUUAUCAUGUUAUGAAAUGAGUAAUAAUAAUUUCAUUAAAUUGAACUACAGCCUACGUUUACACAUUGUGAUCCCACAGAUAUUACUGACAAGUGCUAUUUUUCUUGGUGUCUCUUUUCCGAAUUUUUGA